AUGGAGGCCCCAAAACGAUUUAAAAUACCCACACUGGAUGAAAUGGAAACUGUUGUUUCUGAAAAGACACCAGAAUCCCUUUUUAAGCGGAGAAAAGAACUAACAUCAGAUAACCCAUCACCUGUGAAGACUUUGGCAGCAGCAACCAACAACAGUGUCAGUAAUGUCAGUUUCACAACGACAGUAAAGACUCGGGACAGCACGCAGCUGUCAAAUGUUAGCCAGACGGCAACACGACCAUUGUUACCAUUGGCAGCUUCAACACCUCAGGAAGCUAGCAGCUCUAAGAUAUUUCCCCACCAAAAGGACUCACAUGUUUCAGUAAAAGAUAAGGCUACAAAAGAAGUACAACCAGAAAACACUCAUGAUGUUGAUACAGCCACAGAAGGUUCUGUCACAGUCAGCAGACCAGGUUCUUCCAAAUCACUGAUUGUAAAUCCAAGACAGAGAGGAAACCCAAUUCUGAAGUCAAUUCGCAAUGUACCAUGGGAAUAUGGACAUAUAGUGCCUGACUAUGUUAUGGGACCAGCUAAUUGUGCCUUAUUUCUCAGUUUGCGUUACCACCAGCUACAUCCAAAUUACCUCCAUGAGAGGCUGAAGCUCUUAGGUAGAAGUUAUGACCUGCGGAUCAUGCUUGUCCUGGUAGAUGUUAAAGAAUCUCAUCACAUCCUCAAAGACCUGGCAAAAAUCUGUUUGCUAGCAGACUGCACACUGGUCCUGGCUUUCAGCCCUGAGGAAGCUGCACGUUAUCUGGAAACUUAUAAAAUAUUUGAAAACAAGCCACCUGAAGCCAUCAUGGAGAAAACUGAGGAGAACUUCAUGGCUAAAUUCACAGAUUGCCUGACCAGAGUGAAGUCGGUCAACAGAACUGAUUGUGCCACUUUGUUAUCACACUUUGGGAGUCUGACUGGUAUCAUUGAAGCUUCUAGCGAAGAUCUGUCUUUGUGCCCAGGCUUUGGACCCCAGAAGGCAAAGAGACUCCACAGCAUAUUUCAUGAACCUUUUAUACGAUCAAGAACAGCUGACAAACCAAACAAAUGUGGCAAAUGA